AUGGAAGACUAUCCAAAUGGAGUGAUCAUUUUGCGCGUUUAUAUUCAUUGUGAUGGCUGCCGAGAUGAAGUGCUCAAAUAUCUUCGUGGAUACCAAGGUGUUGAGGGGGUUGAGAUUGAUGCCAAGAAUCAGAAAGUGAUAGUUAAGGGAGAAAACGCCGAUCCUAUCAAACCUCCUAAUGUGAUUGAAACUGUCUUGAAAAUCAACAUGCUUUGCGAUGGCUGCGCGAAAGAGGUCAAGUGUUGCAUCCACGGCAUGGAAGGGGUGCAAAUGGUUGAUGUUGAUGUGGAGAACAAUCUGGUGAGGGUGAAGGGAAGCAUGGAUCCACAUGAACUUGUGGAGUUGAUCAGCAAGAAUGGUGGAAGAAAUGCAGAAAUUGUGGAGCAAAUUGAUGAAGAAUUCAUUAAUGGUGAAAGAGAGGGAGACUGCUGCCAUUGCUAUUGCUAUGCUUCACAACUAGUUUAUGAACCUCAACUAUUUAGUGAUGAGGAUCCCAAUUCUUGUUCUGUGGUGUGA